AUGUUUUUUCCUGGUUGUGUGAAGUUCUUGUUAGACGAUGGUGGUGACUUCAGGAUUUGUCGUACUUGGUGUGACGGUAGUAAGGAAAGAUGGGAUUUAAAUGCCAGAGCAUCGCAGUGUUUCUGUGCAACAGAUUCCAUUGCGUUGAUGUCGUGGAUGAUAAGAGACGAAACGAAAGAUUCGAUUUGCUGUGAGUAUGCUGAGCAAGAUCGAACUUUGGAACAAAAACAAAGAGCGGAAUUGAGGGAGCGUUUCCUGAGAUUUAUGUCUUUUCUGAGUGGAAAACAGGUAGAGCUUGACAUGCACGAACGUACUCAAGUGGCCGGAAAGUUUGGUGCAAUAAAGGCAGACCAGACACAUUAUAUUGUUGAUGGACUAAUUACACCAAUCGGCGUGAUUAAUCAUGCCAUCUUGAGGAUGAAUGAUACAAUCCUUAUUUCAACCAGUGAUCUAAAUGAACUGUCAAAUUCCAAAAUUCCCAUUCAGUAA